UUCCGGAACCUUCUGGCAACAGAAGCUCCGCUCCCCUUCUGGAGAGUGUCAGUCUCUUUCUCCUUCUCUAUAAACUCUCUUCAUUCUCUCACAACUUUCUCAGCUUUUGAGGACGAUUAAGCAACAGUAUGGCUUCUUCAGCACACGUUCUCGGCAACUUUCUUACCUUUUCCCAUGAACCAAACAAACCAAACGCAAGAACAUGGAAACCAUUCUUAGGGCAGACUUUGAGAUUGAAUUCUGAUUCUCAGAGACUCUGUAAACAGGUCCGUAAGAAGGCGUCGUUUCAUGUGGUGAAUGAGAAGGUGGUGGGAAUCGAUUUGGGGACGACGAACUCUGCCGUGGCGGCGAUGGAGGGAGGGAAGCCGACGAUCGUGACUAACGCGGAGGGGCAGAGGACGACGCCAUCGGUGGUGGCGUAUACGAAGAAUGGGGAUAUGCUGGUAGGGCAGAUCGCUAAGCGGCAGGCGGUGGUGAAUCCAGAGAACACCUUCUUCUCUGUGAAGCGGUUCAUCGGGCGGAAGAUGGACGAGGUGGGUGAGGAAGCAAAGCAGGUUUCUUAUAAGGUUGUGAGGGAUGAAAAUGGGAAUGUUAAGUUGGAGUGUCCGGUUCUUGCUAAGCUGUUCGCGGCUGAGGAAAUUUCUGCACAGGUUUUGAGAAAGCUUGCUGAUGAUGCUUCAAAGUUUUUGAAUGAUAAAGUUACCAAAGCUGUGGUUACAGUGCCAGCAUAUUUUAAUGAUUCUCAAAGGACAGCAACAAAAGAUGCCGGUCGUAUUGCUGGUCUAGAAGUCCUUCGGAUCAUAAAUGAACCUACUGCAGCUUCACUGGCAUAUGGUUUUGAAAAGAAGAAUAAUGAAACAAUUCUUGUAUUUGAUCUUGGAGGUGGUACAUUUGAUGUUUCAGUGCUUGAGGUUGGAGAUGGAGUGUUUGAGGUGCUUUCUACCUCAGGUGAUACACAUUUGGGAGGUGAUGACUUUGACAAGAGAAUUGUUGAUUGGCUAGCACAAAACUUUAAGAGAGAUGAAGGUAUAGAUCUUCUGAAAGACAAGCAAGCUCUUCAGCGGCUCACAGAGACUGCCGAGAAAGCAAAGAUUGAGCUUUCAUCUUUAACUCAGACUAAUAUUAGUUUACCAUUCAUUACUGCCACUUCGGAAGGGCCUAAACACAUUGAAACCACCCUUACAAGAGCCAAGUUUGAAGAAUUAUGUUCAGACUUGCUAGACCGGCUGCGUACACCUGUUGAAACUGCAUUGAGGGAUGCAAAACUCUCUUUCAAAGAUUUGGAUGAAGUUAUCCUUGUUGGUGGUUCAACGCGUAUCCCAGCUGUUCAGGAUCUUGUAAGGAAGAUGACUGGAAAAGAACCCAAUGUUUCAGUUAAUCCUGAUGAAGUUGUUGCACUUGGUGCUGCAGUUCAGGCUGGUGUUUUAUCUGGAGAUGUUAGUAACAUUGUGCUAUUGGAUGUGACACCAUUGUCUCUGGGUUUGGAAACCCUGGGUGGUGUCAUGACAAAGAUCAUACCAAGGAACACAACUUUACCAACUUCCAAAUCUGAGGUUUUCUCUACGGCAGCAGAUGGGCAAACCAGUGUUGAGAUCAAUGUCCUCCAGGGUGAGAGAGAGUUUGUGAGGGACAACAAAUCUCUGGGUAGCUUCCGUUUGGAUGGGAUUCCUCCAGCUCCCCGUGGAGUUCCCCAGAUUGAAGUCAAAUUUGAUAUUGAUGCCAAUGGUAUCCUUUCAGUCACGGCAGUUGACAAGGGAACUGGAAAGAAGCAGGACAUCACCAUAACUGGUGCUAGCACCUUGCCCAAUGAUGAGGUGGAUAGAAUGGUGAAAGAAGCUGAAAAAUUUGCAAAGGAGGACAAGGAGAAGAGGGAUGCAAUAGACACAAAGAACCAGGCUGAUUCUGUUGUGUACCAAACCGAAAAGCAGCUAAAAGAACUGGGAGACAAAGUACCUGCUCCAGUCAAGGGCAAGGUGGAGGCUAAACUAAAGGAGCUCAAGGAUGCCAUCUCCAGUGGGUCAACCCAAACUAUCAAGGACGCAAUGGCUGCACUGAACCAAGAGGUCAUGCAGAUUGGGCAAUCACUCUACAGCCAGGCUGGUGCACCUGGUGCUGGGGCUGGAGCUGGAGCGGCUGGAUCAACUGACAGCAAACCUGAUGGAGAUGUUAUCGAUGCAGACUUCACCGAGAGCAAGUGAUGGAAUGCAACAACAUUUGAACUGACCGAGUUUUACAACAUUUUCCUCCUGUCUGGAGUGUAUAGGAUAUGAUGGUGCCUGGUUAGCUUUAGGAUUUUCCGUUAUAGUCUUCAGUCCUGUUUUCUUUUUGGGUGCCAGAGAAAUAGAAAAAAAGAAGCAGAUGUACAUGGUGUAUAGCGGCUAAAGAUAUAGAAGGUGGGCAGAAACUCUUAGUAUGCCUUCCUGUGAAGCAAGUUCUCUCUCUACAAAUGGCUUCCUUCAAAUCUUCACCGGUUUGCUGGUAUCUGUAUAGUUUUCGGAAGCUGAAUCUAUGUAUAUUAAAAUUUCAUAAUAGUUCAAGCCUCUAGUUUUCAGCUCCAAAAGUGUU